CACUAGGUAUGCCGCGGUGCUUGAUAAAGUCGAUGGCGCGGUAUCACAGGACGGACAACUCGAACGAAGAGACCGAAUUCCCGUGGCUGCCGCCGUCUUCCGUGGAACACAAGCGGAAGAGCCAGGCGAAGGACGCGACGUCCAAGACGAGCAACAUCUGGACCUGCUCCGGGCUGCCCAUCGUAACUCGCUACAGCUUCCACAAGAGCAACGGGGCGGUGUUCGACGCCGAGUUGAACCCGGCCGGGCGAGAUCACGGGGGUGCGCAGCUCGACGCUCUGUCGAUCGACGGCCGCGUGAUCGACAACGCCGGGCGGAAGGUGUCGGCGAUAUUCCUCGACGGCGCGCGGCGAUUCCCCGGUAGCGCGGAAGGUCCAGCGGGACCGGCGACCGAGACGGCGGAGGCGGAGAAAGUCGCCGGCGCGACAAAUCCGAAGGUGGCGAUCGACGGCUGCGAGACGCAGACGCUCUCGCACGCCCUGUGUUUGCUGCCGAAGCAGAAGUACGAGCUGGUGAACGCCGCCGAGGGUAAGAAGACGGCGUCCGGUGGCCGCGAAGGCGUUCAGCACUGGAAGAGGACUAAGACGAUGCACUUCUGCCCGUACUGUCGCAAAAGCUUCGACCGGCCGUGGGUGCUCAAGGGCCACUUGCGCCUGCACACGGGCGAGCGGCCCUUCGAGUGCCCGGUGUGCCACAAGUCCUUCGCCGACCGCUCGAAUCUUCGCGCACAUCAAAGAACGCGCAGUCAUCAUCAGUGGCAGUGGCGAUGCGGCGUGUGCUUCAAGGCCUUUUCGCAAAGGCGCUAUCUGGAACGCCACUGUCCGGAGGCCUGUCGCAAGUACCGCAUAUCCCAGAAGAAGGAGCCCCCCUGCCCGUGAAUACGGUACAAGGCAACGACGCGGCGAGAACUUUACCGGCGAUUGGCAAGGUCGCUCCCGACGAUUUGUAUUUCGCGCCUGUACAGUGAUGGGCAAAAUGGUUGCGACACUUUUCUUUAAAUGAGCUUAGGAACAUGCCUUUAAGGCCUGGCACACGAAAAAACUUGAGCAGUAAAACUUAAGACUUGAAGGAAAUGACCAAUGAAGGCCCGAACACACGAAAAAAACUUGAGACUUAAGAGAAAUGACGAAUGGCUGUCGAGAACGCAAGCAGCCAUUUUGAAAUUUAAGCACGCUGAAAAUUCUGAUUGGUUGAAAUUCUUAUGUCUUGAGUUUUAAGUCUUACUGCUUGAGUUUUUUCGCGUGUUCGGGCUUUGAGAUUAAGGGUUAUGUUUCAAAAUCUUCUCCGAGGAAUAUUUUACUCGAUGGCCAUUCCAAAACCAUUUUUAGCCGAUCUAUUUCUCGAGUUCCUAAACUAUUGCAACCAUCCUGUCCAUCACUGUACUAAUGUAAAGCCAAUACGUUACGCUUUGUACUUGACGCGAAUAAUAAAUGUUAUGUUCCUCAAUAAAAUUUCGAUCCUCGUAUCGUCGAGUA